AGGUCGGAGGUUAGGGAAGGCCCUCCGGAUGUGGCGGUGGGAAGGGGGUGUCUCCACUGGGGUCUCUGUGCCCUUGGCGCCUCUGUCCCUACUACCUGGGACUGGGUCUCACCGCAGGGUCGCCUCCCUGUCCCCGCCAUUCCCGGCGGCUGGCCCCGGAUCCUCCCCGGCGGCGGUUCUGGUGCGGCCCGCCAGGGUCCCGCAGGGGGCCGGGCCCGGGUCUCCUGAGGGCACAGCAGAGGAGCCAGGGUGUCUAGCACCUUGACCCUGUGGGCGGGUGUCCCCAGGCGGCUCGUGACUCCGCCCCGCCCCGCCCCGCUUUGCCUGCGCCGCAGACACCCGCCUCGUCCACCAGUCCUCCGUGCGCGCCGGGCCCGAGCCCACGGAACCCACCGGGCCCACGUAGCCCAGGUAGCCCAUGGAACCCGCACGGAGCGCGCCCCGCGGGGGCGAGGCGCUGCUGCGGGAGCUGGAGGUACUAGUCCAGGAUGUGGUGAGGACGAGCUCCUGGUGGGAGCGCCACGGAGUGGACUGCGCCAUCCUCGCGCUCAGCCUCCUUGCCUUGCCGGCCGGGUUCCUGUGCCUGCGCUCCGAGAAUGCCCUGGUCUUUUCGUCUGGCAUCACCGUCUUGGGUGUGUGCCACUAUACGCUCACUGUCAAAGGCAGCCACCUGGCCACUCACGGGGCCCUGACGGAGUCCAAACGCUGGAGCAAGAUCUGGCUGCUUUUCUUUGUGGAGGUAUGCACCGCCUUCACUGCAGAGCACGCCACACACGGGCAUGUCAAGAUGCACCAUGCCUACACCAAUGUGGUGGGGCUGGGGGACUCCAGCACGUGGAGGCUGCCUUGCCUCAACCGCUAUGUCUACAUGUUCCUUGCUCCUCUCCUCCUCCCUGUUGCCACGCCACUGGUGGCUGUUGAGCGGCUGAGGAAGGUGGAGCUGGGGACGGCCCUGCGGACGCUGGCCCUGGUUUCCCUGGGCCUUUAUUCUCACUACUGGCUGCUCCUGAACCUGUCAGGCUUCAAGAGCCCCAGCUCAGCCCUGGGCUGCAUGUUCGUCACCAGAUCCCUGCUGGCCCACCCCUACCUCCACGUCAACAUCUUCCAGCACAUUGGGCUGCCCAUGUUCUCCCGGGACAACAAGCCCCGCCGGAUCCACAUGAUGAGCCUGGGGGUGCUGAACCUGGCCCGGCUGCCGGUGCUGGACUGGGCGUUUGGGCACUCGAUCAUCAGCUGCCAUGUGGAACACCACCUCUUCCCCAGGCUCUCUGACAACAUGUGCCUCAAGGUGAAGCCCGUGGUGUCCCAGUUCUUCCGUGAGAAGCAGCUACCAUACAACGAGGACUCAUAUCUGGCUCGCUUCCGGCUGUUUCUCCAUCGCUAUGAGGAGUUCAUGGUGCAGGCCCCGCCGAUCACUGAGCUUGUGGGGCUGCAAUGAGGCCAGUGCAGCCACCCCGCCCCUGCGUGGACCGGCCCUAGCCCUCCUACUGCUGCUGGCCCAGGGCUUGUGGCUGGUGGCGGACCUGGAGAGUGGAGACACUGGACAGACAGUGAGGCAGGGGGGACUCAGGCCUGGGGUCUGGGGGCCACUUGCCUUGCUUGCUUUUCUGGGUUUUGAGGCGUGUCUGGGGGGAGCAAUAAUGGUGGCUGUGUAUGCUGGUCAGUCUGGACCUCAGCAGCUCCAUCUCAGGACUGAAGAGCUGGGUCCUUCCCACUGCUUCAUCUGAGCCUUGGUAGGGCUAAGGUGAAGUGACAGGGUGAGGAGGGAUCCUGUGCAGGGGCUACCUGGCAGGGUCAGCUCCCUCGGCUGUGACCUCCCUGGCAUUGGGAGAGCCCCACAUGGCCUUGGCCACUGCCUCCUUCAGGCUCUGCCCACCAAGGUGCCCUCUCCCCGGGGACCUCAGGUGAGCUUGCUUUUGGCAGGCCUUCCUCGAUUCUCAGCCAACGGAACCUGUGCAAGACACUGGCUCAGCAGUUCCCCAGGCCACAGCAUCAGUGAGAUAAAAGCAAGUGUGUUUUGUGUGGAGAGAACUCCACAGAAGUGAGGGGAGAAGGUCCCUCAGGGACAGAUCUGGGGAAAGAGUAUAAAUGGCAGGUUGGGCGAGGUGGCUCACGCCUGUAAUCCCAGCACUUUGGGCCGAGGCAGGUGGAUCAUGAGGUCAGGAGGUUGAGACCAGCCUGGCCAACAUGGUGAAACCCCAUCUCUGCUAAAAAUACAAAAAAUUAGCCAGUUUUGGUGGCACACAUUUGUAGUCCCAGCUACUUGGGAGGCUGGGGCAGGAGAAUCACUUACUUGAACCCAGGAGGUGGAAGUUGCAGUGAGCCGAGAUCACACCAUUGCACUCCAGCCUGGACGACAGAGCCAGACUCCGUCUCAAAAAAAGAAUAAAUAGCUUUGAAUGUGACCUUGGCUAGCUCAAACAAAGUUUACUUUGUUCUGUGAUGUUUAGAAGUGGUGAACCUGAGGAUCAUCCAUUGGGGAUGGGGGAGGGGGGAAAGUUUGGGGGAGGGGGUUUGAGCUGGAGGGGGUUCUGGGAACAGGGUCUGGAGGACAGAUGGCUUCAGAGAGGAAUGGGAGAGGGUGAGGUGUAGAUAGAAGAGCCUGAAGUCAGGGCUGGGUGGGGGGCUGUGGAAGGAUGGUCUGCAGCCUGGGAGUGAGAUGGGAAUACCAGGGAACAGCCAAUGUCAGGCAGAGGAAACUGGGGGUCACCACUGAGAUUCAGCCCACGGUGGGUAGUGUUGAGAGAGGGCUGGGAGCUGCUCCGGCUGGGGCUGGACUGGGAGGGUGCUAGAAAGUGCCCAGGUGGAGGCUGAGGGAGAGACAGAGAAGGAGGCCAGACCUGGGACCGGAGGCCAGACUCAUUAGUUGAAAACAGGUUCUCUCACCUCAGCACUACUGACAUUUUUUUUUCCCUUUGGAGAUGGAGUCUGACUCUGUUACCCACGCUUAAGUGCAGUGGUGCGAUAUCGGCUCACUGCAAAUUCUGCCUCCUGGGUUCAAGCCAUACUCCUGCCUCACCCUCCCAAGUAGCUGGGACUACAGGCACCCACUGCUGCUCCCGGCUAAUUUUUUGUAUUUUAGCAGAGACAUGGUUUCACCGUGUUUCUCAGGCUGGUCUUGGACUCCUGAGCUCAGGCAAUCUGCCUGCCUCGGCCUCCCAAAGUGCUGGGAUUAUAGGCAUGAGCCACUGUGCCCGGCCACUAUGGACAUUUUAUCUGGGCAACUCUGUGCUGUUGGGGCUUCCCUGUGCACUGUAGGAUGUUUGGCAGCAUCCCUGGCUUCUACCUACUAGGUGCUGGGAGCUCAAGUAAUGACAAUCAAAACUGUCUCCAGACAUUGCCAAGUCUUCCCCAGCUGAGAGCAUGCAAGUCAUUCUCUGAGUGCGUAACUGCCUUGUUUUCUAGUGAAGUCCUUGGAUGGGGUGAAGGGCGUGCUCACCCUGCUGACAGGGAGACAAACUGCCAGCAAAUGGGAGCCUGUGGGAUAGGCAGAGGGGUCUGGCUACAGGCACAGGCACUCCCUGAGUCCAGUUCCGUUGGAGAGCCCCUCUGCGUGUGGCCGUAGGCAGCUGCACAGAGGCCACUGGUUCCUUCAGGUGCACUCCCCACUCAUCUCCAUCAUGCCUGCCUUUACCAAAGACUGCAACUCCUUUAGACGCCCUUUUCCAUAGCUACAGACUCUCACUCCUUCCCAAAGUGCUCCCUCCAGGCUUGGGGCGGUAGUGGCUUCCAGCUGCUGCUAGCCUGGGUGCUUCUCCAUUCCCUUCACCCUGCUCACACCUCUGUACACAAACUCCUUCAUUAAACUGUCCUCAAUCACCCCUUCUCAGUGUGCCAUCUGUUCCCUGCUAGAAGGCCGACUGAUGGAGUGGAGUUUUGGAUCCAGGCAGCCGUCUUGGCACGAGGCAGGCUUGGCGGCUCCCCAGCCCACCGCUUUGCUAUGUUAUUGCUGCUCCUUGGAAAUGCAUUAGCAGCUUAGAAAUGGCCUUAAGGUCUAGGGGUGUAAUUAAUCAAACUGCUAAUUCUCCAUUUGAGAAAUGCAGUGACAGAAAAGGCCCCAAAUACACAGUCCUGGCUCAUGAUUAAAACCAUCCAAAUACAUAACCAAUGACUCAUUGUUAUUGAUCUGGGCCUGACUGGGGCAUGGGCAGCAUCUGAAGGCCCUGGUGCCAGAUCUGGCUGUACUAUGGAUAUCCUGGGAACAAGUCACUCGAUUUCUUUGAGGCUGUAUUUUCUGUUUCGCUGAGGAUGUGGACUGGGAAUUUCUGGGGCCUGAGAGGUGAGGGAGGUGAAAAGAGUGAAUGAAGUAUAUCUGGGUCUCUGCGGAGACCUAAGAUCUAAUCUACAGAGGCAUAUGGGAGGUCACACUGUGUAUGGAUAAUGAUGAUAAUAGUUAAUGUUUAUUUAGCACUUAUUGAACAUAUCUUUACCUACAUCAUCUGAUUUUAACGUCUACAACAAAUUGGCACUACUAUUUCCCUGGUAUGUUACAGAUGGUGAAAAAAAGUCCUGGAGAGAUUGAAUUUCUCAAUGUCACAUAGCUAGUGCAUGGAAGAAGAGGGAUUGAAACCCAAUGUUGUCUGACUCUAGAAUCCAUCCUCUUGAACACCAGAUAUACUGCCUCUAGACGGGGAGCCCUACAGAGCUUUUUUGAUUGUACGAACUUCCAUUAUGUGCCAGCCACUGUGUUAAGCCCUGGGGAUAUAAGAUCUAAUGAGAUUGGGUCCCUACCCUCCUGGAGCUUAUAGUCUAGUGCAGGGUGGUCAAACUCUGGAAAGGACCAGAUAGUAAAUAUUUGGGGUAUUGUGAACCAUAUGGUCUCUGUUACAACUACUCAAUUGUGCCAUCAAAGCACAAAUAGAGCCACAGAUAAUAUGUAAAGAAAUAAUCCUGGAUGUCUUCCGAUAAAGCUUUAUCAUAUUCAAACUUUAGUCUGAAUUUCAUGUAAUUUUUAUGUGACACAAAAUUUCGUUUUUUUACCAUUAAAAAUGUAAAAACAA